AAUCAAGAAGAUUAUGUGGGUAAAGUUCAAAGAUUUUAAUCUGAGUCAAUGGCCCCACUAAUUAUCUCCUUUUCCCUACACUUUUCACCUUUAAUAAUUCAAUUCAUCCCCCACCAGCCAACACUGGCCAGGAUACUAUUUUUAUUCAACUUCUUAGACUUCCAUUUGGCCCUUCUUCCUUCCCAACGAUCAAAGUAUUUAUUGUUCCAAACGAUACAAGCUUUACCUUAAAUUUCCUAUCGAAAAAGUUGAGUAGUUCUUGCCUGGAUAUAUUUCUUCUUCCAUUUCUAUUUGUUGAUGAUCUAAAAGUGAAGGUGGGAUUUGGUGGGAAUUUGUUGUUACAUGCAUUAAGCUUGACAAGUCCAAAGAUUCUUAGCAAAAAUGACAGCUUCUUUGAAGACUGGUUUCUCUGUUUAUAAUUCCUGUGAAGCAAACUUCAAGUCCAAAGCCAAAGGGUCUUCUGGUUUUGGCACUCUGCAACUUCUCGAGUUAUCAACCAAAGAGUUUCUUGGAAAAUCCUUGGAUUUGUCGAAUCAAAUUGGUUUGAACCAUUGGAAUGUUAAAGAUUCAAAACCCAUCUUGGUCAACGCACAAGCAUCAAUAUGUUUUAGCAAAGCAAUGAGAUGGUGGGAAAAGACCCUUAAACCCAACAUGGUAGAGAUCCAUUCAGCAAAAGAACUUGUGAAUUCAUUGUUGAAUGCUGGUGACAGAUUAGUGAUUAUUGACUUUUAUUCCCCUGGUUGUGGAGGUUGCAAGGCUUUACAUCCUAAGAUCUGUCAGCUGGCUGAAUCAAACCCUGAUGCCAUUUUCCUCAAAGUGAAUUAUGAAGAACUAAAAACCAUGUGCCAUGCUCUUCAUAUACAUGUCUUACCCUUCUUCAGAUUCUACAGGGGUGCACGAGGCAAAGUUUGUAGCUUUAGUUGUACUAAUGCAACAAUCAAGAAAUUCAAGGAUGCAUUAGCAAGGUAUGGGACUGAUCAGUGCAGUCUUGGUCCUGCAAAAGGACUUGAUGAAUCUGAGCUUUUGGCUUUAGCCUCAAUUGGCCUAUUAUCAAGAAAUUCAUCUUUGGAUUCAAAGCAGAGAUUUGAAGAAAUUGUUUUAGCAGGUGUAGAUAUGUCUAGCAGUUUAGAUAGAUCUGACAACAGGGUUGGGCUAAAAGAAGACAAACAGUUGUUGAUGGCCUAGCUAGGAUUACAGAAAGUUUCUUGAUUCCUAUGGUAUUUUUACUAAAAGCAGUUUUGGUAAAAUAAAAAAAAAAUGUACAUAUUAUUCAUAGGUUUGCCAUAAGCGGGGUAUUGAGUGUUUUUGGGAUAAGCCCUGCAUGUAAUGGUCAAUUUGUCGUGGAUCCAACAUUAUGAUUUGGUUAAGGAGAUACAACACUUUGGUUUA